GGGCGCCGGAAGGUUCCGGGCAGCGGGAACACAAACAAACAUGGCGGCCCGUAGUGUCUUCAGACCGGGUUUGUUCGACCACAAAGUUGCAAUUGUGACCGGAGGAGCGACUGGUAUCGGUAAAGCCAUAUCUACUGAGCUUGUGGAGUUGGGCUGCAGCGUGGUGAUCUCCAGCAGGAAGGCGGAGAGACUGGAAUCGGCCGCCCGGGAGAUGAGAGAGAAAAUCCCCGCCUCCAGCCCCGCUCGUAUCACUCCGUUCCCGUGCAACAUCCGCGACGAGACCGAGGUGAAGGCUCUCGUAUCCUCGGUGCUGCAGCAGUACGGUCGCAUAGACUUCCUGGUCAACAACGGCGGCGGGCAGUUCAGCAGCCCGGCGGAGCACAUGUCCUCGAAGGGAUGGAAGGCGGUGGUGGACACCAACCUGACUGGAACCUUCCACUGCUGCAAGGAAGUCUACACUGCAUGGAUGAAACAACACGGAGGCGUGAUCGUCAACAUCAUCGCCGAUAUGUGGAAAGGCUUCCCAGGCAUGGCACACACGGGUGCAGCCAGGGCAGCCGUGGAUAACUUAACAAAAAGUCUGGCCGUUGAGUGGGCUUCCUCAGGUGUCCGAGUCAACGCUGUGGCCCCUGGGACCAUUUUUUCUAAAACUGCAAUGGAGAACUAUAAGGAGCUGGGACCAACCCUAUUCAAGAUGUCGGUCCCAUUUAGUCCUGCAAAGAGACUGGGGGUACCAGAGGAGAUCUCCUCAGCAGUUUGUUUCCUGCUCUCCCCUGCUGCCUCCUACAUCUCUGGGGCCACACUGAGGGUGGACGCAGGACAGAGUCUAUACCACUCCACCUGGGACAUACCCAAUCACAGUGCGUGGCCUGAAGCUCCAGAGGGAGAAAACCUGGAAGCUCUGAAGGAUCUGCUCAGCCCUCAAAGCAAACUCUGACUCCUCAAAUCCCCAAAACACAAAUAAUAUGCCAUUCGAUUGAGAACCCUUUCUUAAUCCACAACUUUUUUUGUUUGUUAAUAAUCAUCUGUAACACUAGAUAUAUGUGAAUGUGUGAUGCAUGCUAAUUAGAUAGUUUUGCAUUGUACAUUUUAUUUGUUUACCUUGAAUGUGGGGUCACACAUUUAAUGAGUGGGGAAAAAACCCAUACUCCCACCAGACUGAAGAAUACUAGAUCAACAAAUGAAACAAACUUUGUAUUUUAUAUUUAAAAAUCUAUUGAGUGUUCAUCUGUAAUUGUUUGGCUCAGAUAAAAGGGUGUGUGUUGUAGAGAUCCUG